AUGGCCUGGAAUCCGUAUCGCGUCCUCAAUCACACCGUCUUCAUCGUCCUCUCGAUCAUCCUUUUCUGCCUGGUCGUCUUGACCCCGGCCGACGCCAUUUACCAGUGCUACGUCACCUCACGACUCACUAACAUCUUCAUCAUCACCGGCGGAUACGUGGUGACCAUCAUCCUAGCCGCUUUGAUCUAUGCGACACGCAUCUAUACCAAUCGAACUGUUCUCUCCGGAAUCCCCAAGGCGUGGAUUCCCAUCGAAAAGGAGGAUGUUGGCAAAAGUGUCCGGCGCCUGGUGAUGGAGGGACUGGCUCGUAGCGCCAUCGUGGCCUACCAGGCUCGACCGCGAGAUAUUGACGCAGACGGGGACCGGUUCGCCGACUACCAGAUGCUCGUGGUAGACCGCGACCACCCCCCUUGGGACCACGUCGAACACCCAGGCUGGUCCUCGCCGUCGUCGCCCGAAUUGCCCGAUCUACCCUAUCGCACCGUCCUCCAGGAACUCCCCAACCUGAUCGAAGCCAAGGCGGUUUCUUUAGCGCCCCCGGACCCUUACUUCCCCUUCGAACAUGCCUCCGCCGACAUGGACCCCUCGCCGCCGGACACGCGCGUGGUCGAAAUCCUCCGGCGACCGGCGUCCAUGGGAUUGCGCGAGUAUCUCCAGCACCUGGCCGAGUUUGGCAUGAUUCAGCCGCCGGAAAUUGGCAGCGAAUUCCUUGCCCUCUACGAGCGCGCCCGCUUCUCGUCCCGCGAACUCUACGAAGCCGAAUUCCAAGAGCUGAUGCGAGUCUUUGCAGAACUGCUGCGCGGGAUGGCAUUCUUGGAUCCGCAGGCCCUGGGCGGAAUCCGAGCCGAAAGCUCUCGCGGAGAUAGCGAGUCCGUCAUCGGCCCGUCGGACGAGGAGGGGGAGACGGACACGAUGGACUUUCCCGGUAGCGAGGCGCUGUCCCGUGGUCGCAGUUACAGUCCGCGGCCGUCGAACGCGUCAACCUGGGAGGAGCGCUCCAUUUACAGUACUCCACCGAGACAGAAUGGCGGGCCGCGAUACCGGGAACCACAGCACACGCUGGCCGUCCCUCGGACACCAUCAAUGCGCUCGCUUCGACAGGUGCGAUCGAACACGUCGGGGAGCUCAGGAGGCAGCGUCAUCCGUCUGGCUGAUCCUCGCGGGCCGAAUGAUCUGCCGUAUACAUUCAAUUUCAAUAUGAGCAAUCGUCCAUACACGCCGUCGCAAUAG